AUGAACCUUGAAAUUGGUUUUGAGCUUGAGAAAAGGAAGCACAAGCUCAAGCGCCUAGUUCAAUCGCCCAAUUCUUUCUUCAUGGAUGUCAAAUGCCAGGGAUGCUUUAACAUAACUACUGUGUUCAGCCACUCGCAGACGGUGGUUGUGUGCGGAAACUGUCAGACGGUGCUGUGCCAGCCCACGGGCGGACGCGCCAAGCUCACCGAGGGCUGCUCCUUCCGAAAAAAGGGCGAUUGAAGAUGAUAAACUAUGAGAUCCGGAAUUACUUUUUUUUGGUUGCGUUGAUCUGUUGGAUUUCCUCUGAACUCGACACAUCCUGCAUCUGUUUUUUUUUUCCCGAUAUGUUGGUUUUGUCACUAGAUAUUGCAGAGAUUAUGCAUUAAUUGUGAUUUUAUUUACUGGUGGUAAAUUGUAUCAACCCAAAUUCGAUAGAACAUUAUAGCCCAUAGGAGACUGUUAGUACUGAAUUUUAUUUUAUAA